UGCUGUUCAUCCUUACCUGUGCGCUCGGCUACGUGACUCUCCUGGAAGAAACACCUCAAGACACAGCCUACAACACCAAGAGUGCCACAGAAGAGCAAAGUUGCGGAGCUGACGCUGCCCGAUCCCAAGACUUGCUGUGAGGCUACGGUCAUCGAGCCGGUGCGGUGUUGGCAGCAGCAGGCGCAGAGACCAGUGCGCCAGAGAGCGAGCCCGGACGGCACACGGCAGUCGGCUGCUCCCGACGAGCACAGGCCGCACCCUGGAGAAAGGGCAGCGGGUCACCCACGUGCAAAAGCGAAUCUGGAUGUUACACUGUUCACAAACAUUCACUCAAAAUGGAUUACAGAGAGGCCUGAAUGUAAAAGGCACAACCGUGAAACUUCUUGCAGAAAAUACAGGAGAAAACCUAGUGCCUCAGGUUUGGUGAUGACUUUUUAGAUAGAACACUAAUAGCACGGUCCAUGAGAGAAGAAACUUGACAGGUUGAACUUCACUAAAGUCGGAAGCUUUUGCUUCAUAAAAGGCACUGUUAAGAGAAUGAGAAGAGGAGCCACAGUUUGGUUGAAAAUAUUUGCAAAACACGUAUCUGAUAGAGGACUUGCGUGCGAAAUAUGCAAAGAUGCUUAAAGCUCAAUGAUAAGAAAAGAAACUACAUGGUUAAAAACUGGGUGAAAGAUCUCACGGUUGCUCCCCAGAGCAAGUACACAGAUGACAGUCAGCGCAGGGCAGGGUGCUCAGCUCCGUCCGUCUUCAGGGAAUCGAAGAUCGAAAACUGAGCACGGCCCACCCAUUGCCAUGGCUAAAAUUUAAAAAACUGACAGCACCAAAUGCUGGCAAGACUUCAGAACACCAGGCACCCUCAUGAUUACCGUGGGAAUGCUGAGUGGCGCGGCCACUUGGGAAGGCGCUUUGGCCGUCUCAGAACUAAACAGACUCUUACCUUAGAUCCCACAGUUGUGCUCCUGAGUGUUGAUCCAAUCGAAUUGGAAGCCUGUGUUCACACAAAACUUGCACGAACAUUCAUAGUCACCAGAAAUUGGAAAUAACCAGGAUGUCCUUCACCCGGGGAGUGGGCAGGUGAACUGUGGCACGGACGGAAUAUUGUUCAGCGAUAGAAGGAAACUAGCUCUCCAGCCACAAAGACAGAGAUGGAUCUCAGGCUGCGUUACCACCGAGUGGAGGAAGCCGGCCAGAAAGGCCGAGCGCCGUCCGAUUCCAGCAGGAGGUAUUGUGGCCAGUAUUUUGGUUUUCUUAUGUUUUGGAGUCACACAAGCUAAAGACGGGCCAUUUUCCAGACCUCAUCCAGCUUACUGGAGGUUUUGGCUCUGCGUUAGUGUCGUCUACGAACUGUUUCUCAUCUUUAUCCUCUUCCAGACCGUGCAGGAUGGCCGGCAGUUCCUGAAAUACAUCGACCCCAGCCUGGGGGUCCCGCUGCCGGAGAGGGACUACGGGGGAAACUGCCUCAUCUAUGACGCAGACAACGAGACCGACCCCUUCCACAACGUCUGGGACAAGAUGGACGGCUUUGUUCCCGCACACUUUCUCGGCUGGUACCUGAAGACGCUGAUGAUCCGGGACUGGUGGAUGUGCAUGAUAGUGAGUGUGAUGUUCGAGUUCCUGGAGUACAGCCUGGAGCACCAGCUGCCCAACUUCAGCGAGUGCUGGUGGGACCACUGGAUCAUGGACGUGCUCAUCUGCAACGGGCUGGGCAUCUACUGCGGCAUGAAGACCCUCGAGUGGCUGUCCCUGAAGACCUACAAGUGGCAGGGCCUCUGGAACAUUCCAACCUACAAGGGCAAGAUGAAGAGGAUCGCCUUCCAGUUCACGCCCUACAGCUGGGUCCGCUUCGAGUGGAAGCCCGCCUCCAGCCUGCGCCGUUGGCUGGCCGUGUGCGGCAUCAUCCUGGUGUUUCUGUUGGCGGAACUGAACACGUUCUACCUGAAGUUUGUGCUGUGGAUGCCCCCCGAGCACUACCUGGUCCUCCUGCGGCUGGUCUUCUUCGUGAACGUGGGCGGCGUGGCCAUGCGCGAGAUCUACGACUUCAUGGACGACCCGAAGCCCCACAGGAAGCUGGGCCCGCAGGCCUGGCUGGUGGCGGCCAUCACGGUCACAGAGCUGCUCAUCGUGGUGAAGUACGACCCCCACACGCUCACCCUGUCCCUGCCCUUCUGCAUCUCCCAGUGCUGGACCCUCGGCUCCGUGCUGGUGCUCACCUGGACCGUCUGGCGCUUCUUCCUGCGGGACAUCACCUUGAGGUACAAGGAGACCCGGCGGCAGAAGCAGCAGAGCAGGGGUGGCCCGGGCAGAGCCGUCAGCAACGGGGACCAGCACCCGCUGGGGCCGGAUGAAGACCCGCCAGGGCCUGAGGCGGCAGAGGGGUCGGGGGCGGCUGAGGGGUCGGGGGCGGCUGAGGGGACGGGGAUGGCUGAAGGGACGGGGGCAGCAGCUCCAAACUGACCUGCAGCUCAGCCACCCUGGGAGCCUCCCAGAACCCAGGCCCACCUUGAGGUUCUGUUUUCCUUCCUCCUGUGCACUCCACUCAGAGGGACUGAGGAGGCAGUGAACGCAGCCCUGCCCUGGCUUCAUACGUGUGUGCAUGUAAGCAGGUACACACGGGUGACUGCGUGUGAUACACACGUGUGUCUUUGGCUCCUGGGGCUUGGCCCAGGGCAGCUGGUUCCUCUGGAGUGAGGGUCCCUGCUCAGCCCAGUGGCCUCUGGCCUCGAGUGCCCCGUCACCCAGCCCUGGCACGGCCCAGCCCUGGCUCCGCCUGCCCUCUCCGUGCCCCUGGCCCCAGCUGCUCCAAGGCAGCGUGGUGGGGGCCAGGGGCCCCUCCUGGUGGCCUGUGUACGAGGGACAGUCGUCCAGGCUCAGUGGCUGAGAGGUAUCGAUCCAGGCGGCAGCGCUGAGCUGAGCCGUUUCAGCGUCUCCAUUUGGCAGAGUGACCUGGCGGCCUGGGGAUGGCGUCGGAGGCCGCUGGGCCGGCCCCUCAGGGUACACUGAGUCAGACGCUCCAAGGGCCGGAGGCCUGUAACUGGGUGCUGGGACCCGUGUCCGUGGCUCCCUGAGUUCAGGGUCAUCCCCACGAGCAAACAACAAAUAAAGUGGCGACGAAGGUC